AAAAAAAAAAGUAAAAAGAUUUAAAUUAAAUUAAAAAUCAAAACGUUGGCAUCAAGUAAAAAAAAGAAAAUAUUUGAAAUAAUGUGUGUAGAGAGUGGGAGAAGUGGGAACGUGGCAAUAACCGUCACAAACUGAAAUCCGACAUAUAAACAAAUAAAACCAUUUAAAUUAAACCUGAAGAAAAAUUAAAAAAUAAAUUAAAGAGAAUGAACAUAGAGAAAGAGUGUUUAAUGAAAGAAAUGAGGAGCAGUAAGCGUUAUUAUUAUCAAAACAACAGCCAUAAUUACAAUAUAAGUAGCAGUAGCAGCAGCAAUGAAGGAGAAGGAAAAGAAACUGUUUUAAGAAAAGGGCCAUGGAAGGAAGAAGAAGAUCAAGUUUUACUUAAACAUGUUCAGAAAUAUGGUCCCUAUAAAUGGAGCUCCAUUCGAUCCAAAGGCCUUCUUCAACGUACUGGCAAGUCUUGUCGUCUUCGUUGGGUUAAUAAACUCCGACCCAACCUGAAAAAUGGGUGCAAAUUUUCGAAAGAGGAAGAAAAAGUGGUGAUAGAAAUGCAGGCAGAAAUAGGGAAUAAAUGGGCAAGAAUUGCUACAUAUUUACCAGGAAGAACAGAUAAUGACGUCAAGAAUUUUUGGAGUAGCAGGCAAAAAAGAUUAGCAAGGCUUUUGGUGUCUGAAAAUAAUCCGCGUACUAAAAAGCGCAAAUCUUCUUCUAUUGAUACUGCUAAUUCUUCUCGGGUGCCCAAGAAUUGUUCAACGGUGGGAGAAACAUCCACAAAUGUUCAAUCUCAGAUCAUGUCAUAUCCAGGUUCAACAGACAACAAUUGUCCAUCUAUUGAACCCAACAAUGUUACUGAUUGCCUCCAACCAAUUCCCUUAAACCAGGAGUACAACAAUACUAAUUACCCAAACUUGUUUUUAUCAGAAGAAGAAAUAUGUUUCCCUUCCAUUCCCUACAACGAAACAGAUCUUAUGUUUGUCCCAGAAACACAGGAAAUCAUAGAUAGUCUUGAUUACAGCUUUUUUUACCCCUUUGAAUCCUCAUAUAGACCAGCAGCAUUUGUUAAUGAUGGGACCCACUUUCCCCCAUGUUCCUAUGGAGGUGACCUAAGUGGUGAAACAACAGCAAGUUUGAAGACUGAUAAUCUUGGUAUUACAAAUUGCUUAUGUGAUGACUUCCCAUCAGACAUGUUUGAUCAUCAGUUCAUAUAACCUUAUA